AUGUCAACACCCCAAGCACGCCCCAAAACACCACCUACCGAAUAUGGUCCCUCAGUCACGCCGCCAACGUUUGAAGAAAUCAAUCUCUACCAUUUAUCAAUAGUUAUAGAAUCAAGCGAGAGUGAUGCAGCCACGACAGACAAUGCUAUUGCUACUAUAGAAACCGGAGAAGCAAAUGAAUAUAGUAAUUGUAAAGAUUCGGGCCACGUUUCGCAAUAUGUCCUCAUAACUGCGUAUUUGGCUCUUAUUGUCAAUGCCAUAUUAAUGUCAGCUGUAAUAAUAGUAUUGAUUCAACUAAUAAUGUAUGCCAACCAUUACGAGAAAAGGCGUGGAUAUCUAAUUUUGUGGUGUAUAAUAGAAGUUCUAUGGCGUCUGUGGCCCAUAGGUUAUACAGCCAAACAAGCUUCUACAUCUUAUGCAAUAAUCCACUUACUAGGAAUAUUUUUAGGAAAAGAACACUACCUUACUUUGGUCAAUUCAUUCUGGCCUGAUUCUGAUCCAUUUGGAGCUGCUGUAGAUCUGUCAGAUGCUACGAUAAUUGCUGUCUGGAUCAAGCUUCUGCGAUCCUCGGACGGCACUUCUUUCACAGAUCCAGGCCUGAGCAUUAGCAAGAUCAGAGUGUCCGAGGACGCCAUUGACAUCGACGACCUUUGCCGGACUCUUGUCACCGAUGUUGCCUUCCGCGGCGUGCUUAAGGGUAUAGGUUCUGCCGAGUUGAAAGUCUACAGCCGAUUGGACGAGAGCGGCCUGCCGGUAGACGAGCUACCAGCCUAUCAAAAGUUGUCCAGAAUUCCCAUUGACGAGACAUACGGUAGUCCUUUCGUCGUGGUCGUAGCGCCGCCACUGCCAGGUAAAUUGCAAAAGUGUAGUGCUUGCGUUACUCUGGGAGUCAUCAGUUCACACAUCAUAUCUUUAUUCCUAUUUAUCAUAUCUUUUACUGUCUCCUUUGUUUCUCCUCCAACGCAUUGCUUCUUCAAAGCUGACAAGGCCGAACUUAGCAAACAUGAUUCAGAGUUGUUGCAUGAAUUGUAUGAAACGGUUAAAGACUCUCAACCCAAAAUUGAACACAAAAUUGAACAGAUGAGUAUGACCCUUCAAGAGAUGUGCAAAGACUUGUCAAGUGGUGUCUCCCUGUCGACCAUUGAUAAGAAACACUGGCAGCAGCUCGAAAAUCACCUGGGAAUUGCAAAAAAAGCGAUAGAGUUUGACGUUGACAUUUCUGGGUUGAAAGAUAUUGAUGCCUUCAAAUGGGAUGAUCGAGUAGAAAAGGAGCAAUCAGAUCGCUAUCUGCCAUGGUUACGACAAAAUAUUUCUCUUCCUCGCGAAGUGGAAUGGUAUGAUGUGGCAAAGAAGAAUCAUCUCCUUGAUGUGAUUGAAAGUCCCUACCUCCCCUUUCAAGUGAAAGGAACUGCAGAUGUGGCAAUCAUUGAUCGACCUUACAUUCGUAAUGCACUGUAUAGUGCAGGUUUGCGUUUCCUUUUUGAGCUGAAGAAACAAGUGGAGGAUUCCCAUUCUCUGCAGGCAAUGGCUCAAUUGGUAGUUGCAGACAUUCAUUCAAACUAUCAG